AUGACAGGGUCGGUUGAAAAGUGGAAGAGAGCUCGAGAAAGCAUUAAGGUGGGAAAGGGUCACUUUCAAACAGCGAAUCGCCAUAGGGUGGCUGGCCAGCUACUUGGAUCACUACGCAAUUACCUUGGCGUGGCGGCGUCAAAUCGUCUGUCAGGUCAGGACAGACUUAGCCUCAGCACAGGCAAGCUGCGGACUUUUUCAUCGCGCAACACAACAAUGUUCAAUCCACGGUUGCCGGGGCAGCCAAGUUACGAAGCCCCUCCUGCCAUCGUUGCCGUAGCAAUGGAAAGUGGAAGCUUCGAAACUGACGCCUUGAAAGUGCUGUCGGGCGUAUGUCAUCUACUCGGCGCUGGCCGAUAG